AUGGCUGUUGGUAAUCCAGACACAUGGAUUGCGCAGCUGCGUGAGUGCAAGUAUCUACCAGAGGAAGAUAUGAUGGUGCUUUGUGAUCAAGUGCGGCAGAUUAUGCUGGAAGAAAGCAACAUUCAACCCGUGUCGAGUCCCGUUACUGUAUGUGGCGACAUUCAUGGACAGUUCUGGGACCUUCUCGAGCUGUUUCGCGUCGGUGGCAACUUGCCCGACACGAGCUAUAUUUUCAUGGGCGACUUUGUCGACCGAGGCUUCUUCAGUCUUGAAACCCUAUCGCUUCUCUUAGCCCUUAAAGCACGAUAUCCGGGCCGCAUUACGCUUCUGCGGGGAAAUCAUGAGAGUCGCCAAAUCACACAGGUGUAUGGAUUCUACGAUGAAUGCAUGCAAAAAUACGGUAGCGCCAGUGUGUGGAAAAACUGCUGCCAAGUGUUUGACUAUCUCAACAUUGCUGCAAUCAUUGAUGGCCGUGUCUUGUGCGUACAUGGAGGCCUGAGUCCUGAGUUGCGUUCGCUCGAUCAGAUCCGCACGAUCAUGCGUAUGCAGGAAGUGCCACACGAAGGACCAUUCUGCGACCUCAUGUGGUCUGAUCCUGAAGAAAUCGAGACUUGGAGCGUGAGUCCUCGAGGUGCUGGUUGGCUUUUCGGCCGCUUGGUCACAAAAGAGUUUAAUCAUUUGAACUCUCUGGACUUGAUUGCUCGCGCACACCAGCUUGUACAGGAAGGGUUUAAGCUAAUGCACGACAACAAUAUCGUCACGGUGUGGUCCGCCCCUAACUACUGCUAUCGAUGCGGUAAUGUGGCAUCGGUCUUUCAAGUCGAUGACUUGCUCGAUCCGAAGUCACAGGCACAACAGGAUGAAGCACAAGAGGAAUCGCGAUUCAACCCGUCACAUUUCAAAAUCUUCGAUGCUGUCCCUGAUCAAGAACGCACGCAUCCAGCACGAAGCACUGCGUCCCAAUACUUUUUGUGA